AUGCCUACCUCGAGCGUGUGUGGUGAACAUGGUGACUUCACCUUGACUGUGAAGCCCAUCACUGUGUCUAGCCAAGCCUCGCCUGUCUCCAACCCAUACCACCACCUGUACUUCUCGGAUGGCUUUGUUUACGCACCACCCCCAUCUAUGCCCUUCCUGCCUGUCUCGCCUCCUCACCUUGUCAUGUUCGUUGCCAAUGAGACUAGCGACAACCACAACCUCAACGAGGGAGGACAAGUUUCUGGCGACAUUGAAGCCGGCAUACGUAGACGCUCAAGCGCAUUCUGGUUCAACGCCCACAGCGCCUAUCUUGGAUGUGACAAUCGCUCUACCGAUCAAUGCAAGCUGCAGAUCACAGGCCUUGUCUACCAAGAGGAGACCAAGUCUGGAGUGGCAGCAUUCCAUCAGACUGUGUUCCUUGCUCCAUGUCUCCUGCCCGAUCACUGCGAACUCAAGCAGGUCCACUUUGACUUGUCUAUGAAGGCACUGAGCGGUCUUCGCAUCGAAGCCUCUGUCAACGAUGAACCUGUCUCUUGGUUCAUGGACAACCUCGCCCUCGGCUGGUCCAACAACACUUGCGCUGCUGGACUUCUGAGAGAAGAAAGCCAGUAA